UAAUGCUAAUAAAGCAGCCUUGCUCACCUUUCUAAACUGAAACAGAUUCUCUCCAUGUUAGGAUUGACGUGUGAUAACCAGCUGUUCUUUCUUUCUUUUUUGCUCUCUUUCUUUUUCGCUGUCUUUCUUUUUUGCUGUCUUUCUUUCUUUCUUUCUUUCUCGAUUUUUCUACGAUUCAUCUCUUCGGGAAGUGGUAAUGACCACCCGCUGUAUUUUCUUCGUUCGCUGGUGGGCAAACUGGAGGUGUUCCUUUUUUUGCGGGUAGGCAAUCGUUUCACCCGGGUGAUGUUCGUUCACCAUACCCGGAACCCACUUCCUCGCAAGAGGGAUUUUUAUUUAUUUUUAUGUAGCAUUAUAUACUUUUCUUUUGCGUUUUGUUUUCUUAGUUUCUCUUUUUUCUUCUUUUUUUUCUUUUUCUUUUGUUCUUCUUUCUUCUUUCUUCCUUUUUUAUCUAAGAGCAAUGUCAGCAGAUAGCUCAAAGUUAUAUUGUGUUGGGGUGGUUGAGACCACUAGACCAUGGGUUUUUUUUGUGGGAACCUUUUGCUUAAAUUAAAUGAUAUGAUAGGUUAAGCGAGAGCGGUAGGCGCAAGAUAGUGAGGUGAAGGUGAGAGUGAAAGUCGGGUGAAGUUGUGGAAGUGAGUUGAAAUAUGGUUGUGGGGUUGAGGUUAGGGAAAUUGUUUGAAACCUCCAGAGCGGGAAGCGAUGUAUAGAAUCAAGAAAAAGUUUCAAGAGUUCCUUUUCUUGUAGGCAAAACCUAAUGUCUAUAUAUUGAAGACACUGUCUGGUUUCGGUGUAACCUGAACUAAGUACAGGAUUUAUCUCCAACUCUGCU